AUGCAGCAGCUGCAGCAGCAGUCGCAGCAGCAGCAGCAGCAGCAUCAGCAGCAGCAGCAGCAGCAGCAGCAGCAGCAGCAGGCGCGAGAGCGGCACCUGCACAGGGCGUACGUCCAGCGCUCGCCCAGGCCCCCUUGGGGCGGUCAGGAGGAGGAGGAGCAGCAGCAACAACAACCCAAGCAGCAGCAGCAGCAGCAGCAGCAGCAGCAGCAGCAGCAGCAGCAGCAGCAGCAGCAGCAGCAGCGGGCUUCCUCGUUGCCCGCGCGGGCCAAGCCGCCGCGCCGCCGCGCCCUCUUCAGGGACGACGCGGGCGGCGGCAGCUCAGGCGGCCGGCCCGGCCACUCAGGCGGCAGCGCAGGCGGCGCACCGCUCAGCGCAGGCGGCGAGGACGAGCGGCGCCGGGCGCCACAGGGGCUGCUUGAUGCUCUCGCUGAGGCAGCCGUAACUUCAAUGGGCGAGCCUGCGCUUCGUGGUGGCUGGGGGGCGCCUGCCUAG